CGGGCCUGUUUCCAAGAUGGCGGCGCCCAUACGAACAAUCACAAUCGAAAUAUUUGAAGAAAUCAUGUAAAUUUUUACAGUUACGUGACAUGAAGGCCGUUGUGUUCCAGAAAGUUGGUGACAGAAGAAGAGCAAUGCCACAGAAGCCGGUUCCAGUCUCUGCAGAUAUUGUGGACUUUGAGAAGAGACGAGACGCAGGGAAAUACUAUGUCUAUCACGUUGAGGUGACACUAUCCAAUGGCCGAUCCUACAUUGUCUUCCGCCGCUACAGUCAGUUUGAGGCGCUGCAUCUACAGCUGCAGGACAACCAUCCUGUCGAAGCUGGACUCUUCGAGGAACGCUACAAGGUCCUUCCGGAUCUUCCCGGGAACAUGUACGCAGGACAGAGUGCAGUGAGGGAUGUAGCAAUGCGUCGGGUGCCAGAGCUGAAUAACUAUUUGAAGCGCUUGCUGAAUCUAGAUCCACGCAUAAGUCAUGACGUGAAGGUGCAACAGUUCCUGUCGCUGCAGAAAGGCGAUGUUGAUUCACCGGUGCACAUCUACGAAAACAGAUUACAUCACCUGAUAACCGAGGCUGUCGACGCUAGGCAACUUCUGGAGCAGACAGCGAAGGAAGCUGAGGAAUGGAUAGAGAGCGCUGACAGCGUCCGCGACGACAUGAGCCAUGAUGGCGUCUGCUGCCUGUACGACGCCGACCCGGUCGUCAUAGCAACCCUGCUGCCGCCGCAGUCGCGCAUGCCCAGGAGCGUCAUCUGCUACUUCCAGGGUCUAGUCAG